GCUUUAAUGGAGGGCUGAGGACUGCAAACUUUUAACCUUCGAGCCUGUCUCAGGAACUUAGCUUGAGUAACCCUUAAAGAAGAAAGUAUCCCAAAUCCAGAGGUGUGCAGGAAGUCAAUGUGCGAUAAUCCAAAGGUGUGCAGGAAGCAGGGAGGCUUCAGGGAGUGGAGGAGAGGAGCUGAAGGCCUGAGCGCUGGCACGCAGCAAUUUUUCCAGCUAGUCAAAUUACGAAAGCUUGGACUUAGUGACAAUGAGAUUCAGCGACUGCCUCCUGAAAUAGCCAACUUCAUGCAGCUGGUGGAACUUGAUGUGUCCCGAAAUGAUAUUCCUGAAAUUCCAGAAAGCAUCUCAUUCUGUAAAGCACUACAGAUAGCUGACUUCAGCGGAAACCCACUGACAAGAUUACCAGAAAGCUUUCCUGAAUUACAGAACUUGACAUGUCUUUCUGUAAAUGACAUCUCAUUGCAGUCUCUACCUGAAAAUAUUGGCAAUCUUUAUAACCUGGCUUCACUGGAACUGAGAGAGAAUCUUCUUACAUAUCUUCCUGACUCUCUUACCCAGCUACGGAGACUAGAAGAACUUGAUUUAGGAAACAAUGAACUAUAUAAUUUGCCAGAAUCAAUCGGAGCUCUCUUACAUCUAAAGGAUCUCUGGUUGGAUGGCAAUCAGUUGUCGGAAUUACCUCAGGAAAUAGGAAAUCUGAAGAACCUGUUGUGCUUAGAUGUCUCUGAAAACAGGUUGGAAAGACUUCCUGAAGAAAUCAGUGGCCUGACUUCAUUAACGGACUUAGUCAUUUCCCAGAACUUAUUAGAAACAAUUCCGGAUGGCAUCGGAAAAUUAAAGAAACUGUCGAUCUUGAAGGUGGAUCAGAACAGACUAACACAGUUGCCUGAAACAGUUGGGGACUGUGAAAGCCUCACUGAAUUAGUUCUUACAGAAAACCGGCUCCUGACCUUACCUAAGAGCAUUGGAAAGCUUAAGAAAUUGAGCAACUUGAAUGCAGACAGAAAUAAAUUAAUGUCUUUACCAAAAGAGAUUGGCGGGUGCUGCAGUCUCACCGUGUUCUGCGUGCGUGACAACAGACUAACUCGGAUACCUGCCGAGGUGUCUCAGGCGACAGAGCUCCACGUUCUGGAUGUGGCAGGGAACAGGUUGUUGCAUCUGCCUUUAUCUCUGACGGCGUUGAAGUUGAAGGCUUUGUGGUUAUCUGACAACCAGUCCCAGCCCCUGCUCACCUUCCAGACGGACACGGACCACACCACAGGAGAGAAGAUUUUAACCUGUGUCUUACUUCCUCAACUGCCUUCUGAACCUACUUGCCAAGAGAACCUGCCCCGCUGUGGCGCGCUGGAGAACCUGGUGAAUGAUGUCUCCGAUGAGGCCUGGAAUGAACGUGCCAUAAACAGAAUCAGUGCAAUCCGGUUUCUGGAAGAUGAAAAAGAUGAAGAAGACAACGAAAUGAGAACACUUCAGAGGCGAGCCACCCCACACCCAGGGGAGUUAAGGAGUAUGAAAAAGACAGUGGAGAACUUACGGAAUGACAUGAAUGCUGCUAAAGGACUGGAUUCAAAUAAAAACGAGGUCAAUCAUGCCAUUGACCGAGUGACCACUUCUGUGUAGACUCACCUCCGAGUUUUACCUCCCGAGUCUUCCCCUGCUGUUGAGAUGUUCCAAUCUUCUGAGGAGUCUCAUGCAGUCUUCGUCUUCACCGGAACCCGAGCAUCGCCUCCCCACGUCACCUGUUGGGUUGGGACGCUGCUGUCUCCAGGGAAGUGCCUUACUCUAACCAGUCAACCAGUGGUCUCCCAGCAUGAUUUCUCCUUUUCCUCAAUUUCAGUUGUUUGUACUAAGUAGAAUACACUACUGUAAACACCUGACCUUCGUUUUUGUCUUAUGUUGGGGUCAGGGAGAGCAGGAAGGGGAAUUUGUAUCCUUCUCCCUUCCCUGAAUUGCUGGGACAUUGCUUGGACAAGUUCUCUUAGACCUACUGAUGAGAGAUAGUUUUAUGUAUGGGGAAAAAUUGAUACUUUUUUAAACCUUUUUGGCAGCUCAGAUGGUGUAAAUUUAAAAAUUUGUAUAGGUUAUUUCGUAACAAAAAAUAUGUAUUUCUUUUUUGUUAUUUUAUCUUGAAAACGGUACCUAUUUUAGUAUUUGUGCAGAAAAAAUAAAAACACUCCUAAAGUAUUUGUUUUUAUUUGUACCAUCCACUGUGCCUUACUGUAACCUGUGUCCUGUCAAACCAAUUGUACACAAUGGCAUCCUUGAGCAGUCAGAUGAGACAAGGAAUGUGGUACUUGUUAAAGCAGUGUUGGGUUUUAAUCAGUGAUCUACCUGGUGAAUUUGUUUUUAACCAAAAAGAAGAGUUAAUAUCAAUUUGUAAAUUAUAUUGGAUGAUUUUUUUUUAAAAGAUGAACCAAAGGAUUAGGCUGCUAAUAUUUCAUUUCUUACAAUUUAACGUUUCAUAAAUGAAUUUCUUAAAAAUGAGUGCAGUGUCUGAUUGUACCUACUCGGAGUGUGUGUGCCAUUUGUAAAAUAAAAUAGAGCAGAAAAGCACAGAAAGAGAUAACCGGUUCAGAAAUUCAGUGGGUAAAUAAAUUAUGUACUGCAAAAGAAAGGAUGGUUUUUACUGAAGAAAGCUUUAAAAGUUUUAUAUUGAAAUAUAAAACCACAAUAAAGUAAAAUAACCUACAACCAUAUUAGAAAUGUUGCUAUCUUUAUAAGUGCAAUUGAGUUUGUAAAUAGAGUGAAUCAAAGUGUAACAAAAUACUGCUUCAACUUUUAAUUUUAAUUCUAAUUUAAGGGGCUUGGGGGAAUGUUUUGGUGUGUUUCCAUUGAUUUUUUUUUCCUUUUUUGUAUUAUGUGAUAAAAGAGAAAUGAAAAGCACCAGUCACUAUAUUGUGUCUAGGAAAAUCAUAUUGUUGGUUUUUUGUUUUCUCUCCAUGAAAUAAAGUCACCCUGGACAUUAGCCAUACAGCUUUUUAAAAUUAAUGAUUACCUUGCAUAUGCAAAUGAUAGCAGGUAGCCAAGUUCCUUGACAGUGUGCUCCCUUCCUCCCAUUAAAGAUCAAAAGUGUUGGUCAGUUUUGAGUUAACUGCCUGUGGGAGUCUCAUUUACUGGUCCUUCUACACAGGACAGAGCCCAAAAUUGCCUUCAGCCCUUAUAACUUCGGGUUGUGGCAUCUGGCCAGUUGGACUCCUUAGAAACCUGCUUUCAAUCAACCAAAUACUUCUUUUACUACUAUGCAUUUACUUAUUGAGUUGACUUUGCUUUUUAAGUUGUUCGUAUCUAUGUAUAUAUUUUAAAGCUUUAUUGAAUUCAAAGUAUAUGGCACAUA